AUGUGUGUCGAAGAAAAAACCGUUCAAGUUAUAGCCGCUCCCUGCAAAUUAAAUGCCAUUAGUCCCAUUGUUAAAUAUGAACAAUCUCAAAGAACAGACAAUUUUGGUUUGCACAAAAAAAUCUCGGAUAAACUCAAGUGCUCUGACAGAAAGGAUCUGUCUCUUCAAUCAAUGGAUGCGAUCAGUACGGAAGAAAUUCCGAAUACAUCAAGCGAGACUGAAAAUUCAGGUGCCGGAAAAUACAAUACAUCUACAUCUGAAAGCAAUGUGAUCCAACAGCUUGAAUAUGUCUCAUGGAAAUAUAAAAAUCCAUACAGCGUCUCUAUUAGUAACCAUAUGGAUUAUAAAAAAUCCACUCACACAUUAGAGAAUGUUUUCAAAGAGGACGAGCCUCAGGAAGGGAGAAUAAAACAAAACAUACUUUCCAAUUGUCGAGAAUAUUUAGCUACCUAUCAAGAAUCUUGCGGCACACCGCGUACCGAAUAUACCUUUGCUGCUUUGAUUGUAGUAAUGGCUCAAGCUACAGCACAAUCUCUAAUGGCAUUGAUCUAUGUGAUCAUUAAUGUUGUCCCUGUUAUCAAAAUGUUUUCCUUCAUAUUGAGAUUCGCGUUGGACAAGAUAAUCGAUAUACGCAGGACCAAGAAUUUUCAGCAAGUAAUGGUGAAACUCACGAUCUUUGUUGUACAAUUGCUCAGUGUGUAUGUUUGCCUGAUAUUUAUACUUGACUUCAUCGUUUUGCCAAUCAUACAAAUGGCAAUUGGUAUUGCAACUAAAUUCGUGACGCGUAAUUAAAUUAGUUUUGUAAAAUGCGAAUAAAAUUAUG